GAAUGGCUCCGGCAAAGAAGGGUGGCAAGAAGAAAAAGGGCGGUUCUGCCAUCAACGAGGUGGUGACCCGGGAAUACACCAUCAACAUUCACAAGCGCAUCCAUGGAGUGGGCUUCAAGAAGCUUGCUCCUCGGAGUGCUGCUCCAGCACUCAAAGAGAUAUGGAAAUUUGCCAUGAAGGGCAUGGGAACUCCAGAUGUGUGUGUCGAUACCAGGCUCAACAAAGCUGUCUGGGCCAAAGGAAUAAGGAAUAUCCCCUAUCAUUUUUGUGUGCGAUUGUCCAGAAAAUGUAAUGAGGAUGAAGAUUCACCAAACAAGCUUUAUACUUUAGUAACUUACAUCCCUGUUACCAUGUUCAAAAAUCUACAGUCAGUGUGA